ACCAGUUGUGCAAGAGAAGGGCUCUGUACCACAAUGAUCCGAAGACAGUCUGCUUUGAUUCUCCUCAGUACCUUGUCUCUGAUUCAAACUGCAGAGGUUGCUGAGCAGAUCUCUUUGACUGUGGUUGAACCUGGUGGUAGUUUGAAUCUGACAUGUCCGUUCCUUGCUAAUGAAGCUGGGUUGUUUUACUGGUAUAAGCUGGAGUUUGGAUAUAUGGUCCAAACAGUUGCAGCGGGGACUUUUAUGUCAGUAAAUCUUCAAGCUCCAUUUGACAACUCAAGAUUCACAGUCACAAAAGUGAACAGUCAGUAUGUUCUCAACAUCAGAAAUGUGAGCAAAGAAGAUGAAGCAACAUACUUCUGUCAAGCAGGAUCGGCAUACAUAAUGAAGUUCAUUAACGGCACGCUUCUGGUUGUGAACGGUAAAGUAUGUUCUUUUGCUGCUUUGUCAAAAACAAACAAUCCAUUCAUUAAUUCCUGCCUCUUUAUGAAUCACACAGAUCAUAAAAAUCAGAAGAAGUCUUUCUACGUGAAACAAAAUCCGGAGGCUGAGUGGGUCGAGCAGGGCGAAAGAGUGACUCUCGAAUGUUCACUUCUCUCCACAAACAAAGAAACCUCAGAUGAGUGUCCAGGUGAACACAGUGUGUACUGGUUCAGAUCUCGAUCAGGAGAAUCUCAUCCAAGCGUCAUUUACACUCAAAGUGACGAACAAGAGGAGAGAAGUUGUUUCCACAGUCUGUCCAAAACUAUACAGAACUCCUCUGAUACUGGGACUUACUACUGUGCUGUGGUCACAUGUGGAGAGAUCCUGUUCGGUGAAGGAACUAAAGUGGAAACAAAAAAUCAGCUGUGCCCAUACCUGGUUGUGCUCGGGAUUUUGCUGGGCUGCUCUGUGAUUGUGAUUGUGGCUCUAAUUAUCUUCAGAAAUCGAAAGCCAGUUUGUGAAAAUCAAAGAGGAGGAGCUUCCAUUCAUGACGGAUCAGCUGACGAUCAAGCAAGUGAUGUGGAUGGUGAAGCGGUGGCGAUGAACUAUGUAGCGCUGGAUUUCCCCUCAAGAAAUGCUAAAAGAUGGACAAACACCAGGGAGUUUCCACAGGACUGUCUGUACUCUGGCACCAGAGAUAAAAAACCAACAAGUCUCAUGUUAAUAGACAGAGUCAAGAUGAUCCUGUUAUGGGUUACAUUGCUUGUUCUUCAUCGAGGAUAUGCGCUGGUUCCAGUGACCACAGUUCAACUUGGUGAACCUGUGACUUUAACGUGUGAUUUGCCUGAUGAGUUUAGAGAUAAACUCCACUGGAACAAGCAGAGUGCUGGGGAGACUCUGAAAUUAAUUGUGAGACUGCAGAAAUAUGCGAGCCCUGUGUAUGGACCAGAGUUUUCUGCCUCAAGACUGGAUGUAAACAUUUCUAACAAAAUCAGCAGUCUGACCAUUUUGAGAAUGAUUCAGGAAGAUGAGGGAAUGUAUCACUGCGCAGUCAUGGAGUGGACUGAGACGACCUGGAGUGGCACCUAUUUGUCAUUAAAAGGAAACACUCAGAGGACAUCAAACUAUGCUGUUGUUCAGUGGCCGACAGUAUCUGAUCCAGUCCCUCCAGGAGCCUCGAUGUCUCUCCAGUGUUCAGUCCUCUCUGACUCUGAGAAUAAAAUGUGUCCAGGAGAUCACAGUGUGUUCUGGUUCAGAGCCGGAUCAGAUAAAUCUCAUCCAGACAUCAUCUACACUGAUGGAAAUAGACAUGAUGAAUGUGACAGGAACUCUGACACUCAGAAGAGUUGUGUUUAUCGCUUCUCGAAGAACGUCAGCUCCUCUGAUGCUGGGACUUACUACUGUGCUGUGGCCAUAUGUGGACAGAUAUUAUUUGGAAAUGGAACUAAAGUGGAGAUUGAGCGAACAAGAAGUCUUGAGUUUAUUGCACUGGUGAUUGUGACCGUCUGCUUGGUCAUUUCUUUAACUGGGAAUAUUGUUUUCAUCUGUUACCGAAAUACAAGACCAGCAUGUCUUCAGUUUAGAGGAAUAGAAAGUGGUGCUUCGCAAGAAGGACAUGACAACUGGAGCCAACCAGUACAUGAUAUUACUGAGGGUGGACCUGAUGUGAACUACGCUGCGCUGCAGUUCUCUGGAAACAAAGCCACAAGAGGAAGGAAGAAGAAAGAGCUGAAGACUGAGGAAAGUGUGUAUUCUCAGGUUAAAUACUCAGUGUGAAUGUGUGUAUAUUAAAACCUGCAGUUUGGUUUAUAGCUCUGACCUCUGUCAAUAAAAUACAUUGUAAAUGUUGUGGGAUCCCUUCAAAUGUUAAUGACAGUGAGUUACAGCCAAACUACAAAAUCAUAGUAUACAGACUCUGUGCUCUUUAUGUUCUAUGUUUAACUGUAUAUUGAUCCUUGCACCACAUGUUUGCAUCAGCCUGUUUUUUAUUCUUUUAUGUUUGAAAUAUUAACACUAGCUGAUAGAAAAAAAUUGAUAGAGCUAUUGCAGACUAUCUUCUUAUUUUCUACACUUCUUUCAAACAAUUACAUCUCUGCUUUUAAUUAUACUUGUUUGAAAAUAUUCUUUGCUUUUAUUUGGAGUCUUAUUUGAGGAUGUACAGUGUAAAAUAAAAAUAUGAAAAA